AUGAGUGGGUUAAGAGUUGUCCUUUUAGGAGUUAUCGGAUCUGGCAAAACUGCCUUAUUUAAUAAUUUGACUAACAAUAAAGAGCUUGUAAGAUAGGGAGGAGCAUCUGUUACAAAAUAAGUAGUUGUAGGGGAAUGUGUUGUUGGAGAACGAAUUGAAGUAAUUGAUACCCCAGGAUUUGAAGCUGACGAUGAUAAACUAUUACAUGCUGCUGGAGUGAUUGCUGCACUUUCAAUUGGUGAUGUUAAUAGAAUACUGUUAAUCUCAAAAUUUGAGAGAGAUGGAAGAAUGAUGAAUGCAUUGUAAUAAGUCAUAGCUCCAAUCACAAGAUAUAGGAAUAUUAUAACAAUUUUAGUAUCACAUUGGGAUUUGUCAGAACAUAAAGAUGAAGAUUAGAAGCAUAUAUAAAAGAAAAUAAAGGAUAGGUUUAAUAUUGAUUCAAUACUAUAUUAUUCCAAAUUUGAUGAUCCUAAAAUUAUUGCUCUAUAAAUUUUAAAAAUUAUUGGUGAAUCAAAAUUAAUGACUAUAAAAUUAUAAGAUACAGAAAUUUAUAGUUAAUUUGAUUUAUUAACUUUGAAUUAUGAAUGUCAAGAUAAAUUAGAAUAAAAUAAAAUUAAUAUUCUUAAAGAAUUUAGAAAGACUGCAAAAGUUUUUAUUAAUUACAUAAAUGAAGGAGUAAAUUUAAAUGAUCCUUAAGCUGUUGAUAUAUUACAUUCUAUAUCAUUAGAAAUUAAGAAUAUUGCGAGAUAGUAAAUUGAGUAGUUUGAAAAAUAACAUGGAGAAGAACUUAAUAAAUUUUAUGAUACAAAUGGUGUUAAUGUUAGAUACUUGCAUCAUAUUUAUUUAAAAAAAGAAAUAAAAAAGGAUCUUGAAUAGGUAAUUAAACUUGCUUAGGAAAAGAUGACAAAAUCAAAUAAUCAUUGCUUUUAAUGUUUGAAACAAUGCCCAUAUUGUAAAUUAAUUUGGAUUAAAGUUGCUGGAUGUGAUGGGGUAACUACUUGUGGAAAUAGAGUACAUUCUUUUACAGAUGAAGUGUUGAAAAGCUUUUCAACUCCGAGUAGAUAUUUAAUUAAAAUAGAAUCAGAUAAACUGGUUUUGAAGAAGAUAGAGGUAGUAAAUAACAAUAAAAUAUAAAUUCAGAAAUAAAAGUCAGAUUCUGUAGAAGAUGAGGUUUAUUAACUUCUAAAAGAUGAUUAUUAUUUGAAAAACCUAUUAGGAGUUAAUUUUACCAAGGAUUAAUUGAUGAAAUUAAUAAAGGAGAAAAGGAAGUUUAAGUUAUUCUCAUUUGAAUUUAUAUAUUCUCUUUUAAAACAAGGUUUUGAUUAAGGUGAGAUAAUCAAUUGGCUGUACGAGGAGUUAGAUAUAGUAAGAGAAAGUGAACAAUAAACUAAUAUAAAAAUAAAGAAAUUUGGUUGCGGAUAGAAUUUAGUUUGGUCAGAAUUACCACCUUUAAGUGGACCUGAAUUAAAUGAAUUACUAUCAAUUGAAUUAAUUGAUUACUUCUCUGAUUAAGCAUAAUUAAUUGAUGAUGAAAGUAAAUUCUUAGAGAAAACUUAUAAAGAACUUGUUAACCAAGCAAUAUAAGAAUAAUUUAUCAAUAAGAAAAUACUCAAAUAAUAAUAACAGAGUGUAAGUGUUUAGUGA